UUCAUUCACACUGCGCUUCGGACUCCAGGAGCGAUGGCAUUCUGUUCUAUCGGCUGCCUUUUGGUUUUGGUCGCUCGCUAUGGGCUGACGGAACCAGUAAUUGACUCUGUCCCAUCUUUACACACCGCGGAACCGGGCGGGAAUAUCACGCUGACAUGCGGAGUUGAUCCAAAUAAAAUAAACGCUUAUUUAUUUGUCGAGGUUACCUGGUACCGGCAGGAGCCGGACGGGCGAAUCCAGAUGGUCACAUCCCUGAGCACGGGCUACUUAAAAGAGGGUCGGUAUUCCGGAGGGAUCGACAGCAAGAACGGACAGUAUAAUUUAACCAUUGCGGACCUCCACAGAAAUGACUCGGCCGUGUAUUUCUGUAUAGUGAGAGCAGCUCUUGUGUUCGCACCCGGGUCCAGCACCAAACUCGUUGUAUCAGACCCGCUGACUGUCCCGGGUGUCGAGUUAUACUCUCCGGGUCUGUUUGAAGGCGAUUCGGACUGGACCGAGCCGGUUCCAGUGCUGUGUUUGGUGAGAGACACGUCUCCGGGGCGGCACCGAGUCAACUGGACUAUCGGCGCCGAGACACCCGCGCCGGGCAGCGCGGAGGAGGGAGAGAUCGAACCCGACGGGUCCUAUAGCGUGCACAGCUACGUCACAAUCAGGGCGGAUCAAUGGAACAGCGGCGCUAUAAAGUGCGAGGCUUACAACGUCAAAAACGUCAUCGAAAAAGUCUCCGCGUCACACCGAAGGCAAGGUGAAUUACGCAGCUGAAGGGUCAUUAUUUGAAAUUUCAGCAUAAAAAAUGUACAAUGUAAAAAAGCUGCUUUUGCAUAUUCUG